AGACGACGAACCAGCGAGCCAGGAGAGCUGGAAAGAGACAGAGAAUGCAAAUGUGAUCCAAAACUCGAGAUGAACAGCAGCCUCCGAUCCCAGCCCUCUCCAUCCGCGACGUCACUGCUGCCGUCUGGAGAGUUCCGGAGGAUCCAAGCGCGGCACUAGAGACCAGAAUGGCGCAGAGCCAAACUUUUGACCCAACGACUGCUCAGCGAGGAGAUCACGCAAAACCAAAUACCCACUCAAGCAAUCCAAAUUCGCAAUGGCCUUCCAGCCCGUUCCCGUUCCCUUCUCCGACCUCACCAAGUUGUCUAACGACCUCUUGACCAAGGACUUCCCUCUCCCUGGUACCACCCUCGAGGUCAAGACUGCUGCCUCCAACGGUGUCCUCUUCACCGUCAAGGGUACCCAGGACACCAAAGGUGCCAUCGCUGGUAACUUCGAGGGCAAGUACGCCGACCGCGUUAACGGCCUCACCCUUACCCAGGGCUGGUCCACCGCCAACCUCUUGACCACCAAGGUCGAGCUCGACAACCACAUCACCAAGGGCCUCAAGAUCGAUGCCCUUACUUCCUUCCAGCCUGAGACUGGUGCCCGCUCCGCUAAGCUUUUCGCUGCCUACAAGCAGCCCGCUUUCCACGGUCGCACCAACGUUGACGUCUUCAAGGGUCCUACCUUCGAGGCUGAUGCCGUUGUUGGCCACGAUGGUUUCUUGGCUGGUGCUCAGGUCGGUUACGACGUCCAGUCUGGCCGUAUCACCCGCUACGCUGCCGGUGCCGGUUACUCCGCCGUCGACUACACCGUCGGUGUCCAGGCUUUGAACAACCUCUCCAUCUUCCAGGCUUCUUACUACCACAAGGUCAACGCCUUCGUCGAGGCUGGUGGUCGCGCUACCUGGGCUGCCAAGGAGCCUUCUUCUGCUGUUUCCCUCGAAGUUGGUGGAAAGUACGUUUUGGACCCUUUCACCUCCGUUAAGGCCAAGAUCAACAACUCUGGUAUUGCUGGUCUUUCCUACACUCAGAUCAUCCGCCCCGGUGUUACCGUCGGUCUUGGUGCCUCCAUUGACACCCAGCGUCUCACUGAGGCUGGUCAGGCCCACAAGCUCGGUCUCUCCGUUACCUUCUCCGGAUAA